CUCUCAGCCCCUCCCCCCCUCCUCUGUAGGGAUCCGCAGCGGCCAUGACUCAUCUAGACUCGGUGGCCGAGGUGCAGAUAGACCCGGAGGGGGCGUUCAAAUAUAUCCUCGUCAGGGUGAGCGCCGGGGCCGGCCAAUCAGAACCUCACCGAGAUAUCGUCCGGGGGACCAAGAGCGCAGAGUACCACAAUCACAUCUUUGACAAAGUGAACCCUGAGAUGGAAGCGCUGGGCCUGCAAUGUAAAUGCCUCGGAGGAGGGAAGAUCGAGCACAACAGUGCGGAGAAGAAGAUCCGGGUGUACGGCGAAUCUACUGGAUACGGCCGAGCAGAUCACUCCGUCGCAGCGGAAAAACUCAGACACGCCUACAAGGAUUAUGAGGUGGUGUGGGAGGACAAGAAGUGACCCCUUCAGCACCACAGGCCUGCAAAUAUUUCUGAACCUUGUAUAAAGAUUCACAUGAUAAGUUAAAUAUUGA